AUGAUUUCAACAUUAGAGUCAACAGGAGAACACACGUCUAAUACGUCUAAUAAAGAAAUUACCGAAGGUACUACUAUUGCAAAAAUCCUAUUACUUGAUCAAGGAAAAAAUAAUGAAAAUAUCAAAUUCUUAAAAGGACGUAGAUUAGAAUAUAUGGCACAACACUGUUCCCGAUUUAAUAAUGAUCUUAGUUUUUAUGCAGAGGAAUACAUAAAGAUUAACAGCAUUUCAAGUAUUGAUAUGAUACUAAGUGAAGAUGUAAUAUCAUUAUAUAUUACUGAUGAUUUUUUUAAAGAUAUCUUCUUUACACAAUUGGCUGUUAUUAAAGAAGAUGAAUUAUUUGAUGAUUCAACCGUUAUUGACCUUUUAAAGAUAUUUUUAAAACAAGCAUUUAUUUUGCAUUUAACACAUGAAGUAUCCCGCUUAACCAGCCCUAAUAUGGAUAAUCAUUAUACAUUACAAUAA